AUGGUUCCCGACGCAGUAUCUACUACAUUAUACGCCAAGGGAGCUAAAAAAUGGAUUAUUGACAUUGACAGUAGUAAAAGUGUUGUGUGCUUCUCUACGAUAAAAAAUUUAAAUUUUUUUCAAAAGUGUGACGCUGUUUUGAUGGAUGGUACUUUUUCAAGCUGUCCUUCUCUGUUUAAUCAAUUAUUCGUGGUUCAUGGCGUAAAAAAUAGUAUUUACGUACCAUUAUUUUUUUGUUUGUUGGUGGGCAAAUCAGUUACUGAUUAUUGUACAGCACUCAAGUUUUUGAAACAACGUUCACCACAACUAACAACCACUUUUCAUAUUGAUUUUGAACAAUCUAUCCACUCAGCUGUUCGUCUAGUGUGGCCAAUGAGCAAAAUAAAAGGAUGUCGGUUCCAUCUCGGACAAUCUUGGUACAGAAAAAUACAGUCAUUAGGUCUAUCUAAAGUAUAUAGUACUGAGGAUGAAAAGGGAAACUUUUUAAAAACAUUUUUUGGUCUACUGUUUUUGUCACCUAACGAAGUGGAUGACUGCUUUACAGAUGAUUUUAUGUCUACGUUGCCGGCUGACUGCUAUACACGAUUUUAUAGAUUAUGUUUUUGA